AUUACUAUCCUAACGAUUUUAAGGAUAUACCCUUAGCGACUUCCUUUGUUACGUAUUCAAAGGCAUCAGUUGAAAUGAUAUCAUAGAUAUAAGUUAAAAUAGAUAUGCGCAUUAUUAAUUAUUAUUAUCAGCUUUAUCCAUUAUUCCGUGUAUAAAACAUUAAUCAUCAUUGACAUUCAUUAACAUUGACAAACAAUCAUUGGAUUUUAACGACGCCGAACAUUUUGUUUUUGUAGUAUGUUAUAUGACUGUUUUCUUUAUCACAUCCAAAUUAUGUUUUACUUGAUAAUAAUGAAAUCAUAAAAGAAUUUCUACUUUUGACAGCAUACGGUAAAAUGGAUACAUCUACGUUAUAUCUGAGAAGUGACAGUCAUAAUCUUAGCGGAAAAGUAAAACAGAACGAAACGUCAAGUAAGAAUGAGUAUUUCGUAAAAGUUAAGGGGAAAAGGGACCAGGGUGCCGAGAAUGCUACCGUGGUAACGAAACAAAAAGAGGAACUAGCCAUAUGCUGCAAGAAACUAAAAGCAAAAGAAGACUUAAGUUCCAAGGAAACUGAGAAUAUUGUUAACUGUUUAGAGCAAUAUGACCCGCCAGCAAAGAGGGUUAAGAGAGAAGAAAUAGGCCGAGUUCAUGAUAUUAAUGUCUUGACGUGCAAAAAGGUUUUGGAAACAUCCGGUGCAGAUAAAGAUAGAAAUUCUGAUGGUAACACAGAACUCAAGCUUUUAGUCAGUAUUGGAGAUGAAAUAGAAAAAGGCUCAACCUGGAUAAAAGUUUACCUUAACGGGGAGCUUACCGAAGAAUUAGUCAAAGACCUCGACGGUGCCAUUGAACUUUACCAAGAUCCUACUGAACCAAACAAAAGACGGACAGAUUACGAAAAUGUGGCAGCAAAAUACUUGCAGAAGAAAGUAGAAUUUUCAACAUCAGAUAUUCGCAUAAAGGAGAUAAAAGUACAGUUGAGUGAGUUGCCAAGGUAUGAGUAUGCAUUAGGCAAUCUGUUGGAUGUUGUGAUGCGGUAUAAAGUUGUUCUUCAAUCAAACUGCAUGGGACAUGAUGACAGAUAUAUUCUUUUUUAUAUAUGUACAACCUCAGAAAAUGACAAAAUGAUCGAUGUUUUUCUUCAAGAAAUAUCUAAGAAAGGAAAGAUCAGAGAUAGUGUCUCACUUGAACAAUUUGUACAAUUUAAAGAUCAAUCGACUGUCUCUUGCUUUAUAACACCUUUUAACUAUCAAGAUAUUUGGACAGAAAUUAGACACAGGACAACCAUCACAUUUAUCCUAGGCGAUACUGACUUGGAAGAAAAAGCUGUUCAAAGAUGCAAAAACACAUAUGCCAUUCACAUAAAUAAUGCAUGGAAAAAGAUAGAUUCAGUCUUAGAAAACUGGCUUUUCCAAAGUCUCAAGUCAGUUUGUGAGGCAUUAGGAGUGGAUAUUGAAUCUAACCGUCUCGACAAAAACGCAACUAACAGAGAUGACGAGCAGACUAAUGAGACAAAUGGCAUUAUUUGUCUUAAAACAGACAUGCUUUCAACUCUUAAAACGGAAACUAAAGUUUGUCUUUUUGAAGAGGUUAUAGGGCUUUUUAAUAUGAGUGACGUCAGUAUUGACGAUAUUCCGAACAUUCCAAAAUACAGAAGUGACCUUGACUUAAAAGAGAUAUGUAGACACCUGUCAUCAAAAUUUGAAGGUAUUCGUGGUGUUGGAUGUCGUUUGCAAAAACUACAAAUUGCUGUUAAAGAUGGCCAAAGUUUUAGUACAGAAGAAAAGCAAAAGAUGCUCCGUGAGGUAUUAGAGGACUUCAAAAUCCAUGAGUACGAAAUUGUUCCGAUGUCUAUGAAAAAAUACUUAGCAUCCGGUGACGAAAUCGCUGUGGGCCAUGCCAAUUCUCGCCGUGGAAGUUUUGGCUGCUUUGCAAAAGCAGACGAAACAGAAAACGAGGCGACAGUGAUGUUUGGACUAAUCUCAAAACAUUUAGUACCAUCACGUGAACAAAUAAAAGAGUUGCAUGUAAUGGAAGGUGGUGAACUCAAAAGCGUUGGUAAGAUUAUAGGCAGCACUUUGAAAGGUGACGGACAUGAUAUAGCAGCAGCGGCCCUUUCUAUAACAAAAGAUGAAUGUGACACAAGAUUUAAAACAGUCAGUGGUAAACAAAUUUCAGGAGAAAAACGUAUCAUUGAACCGAAAGAGUUAACGGGGCGGAAAGUGCAUAUUUGGGGAGCUAAAUCAAAACCUGGUAAAGGAAUAAUUACAGUACCAGAUUUUCAUUGCAACGGCAAAAUGGAUUAUAAUCUUAUUCUAGUGAAAGACAUCGCAGAUGGAGAGGGCAUCGUAGAAAAAAGAUUCGCUCAACCUGGUGAUAGCGGUGCUAUUGCCUGUACUGAUGUCCCAGGGCAGGAAAGUGUCAUUCCAAUUUCAAUGAUUAUGGGAGAAUUGUAUAAAAAAGAUGAAGACACUAAACAAAAUGUAGAAGAAAGUCAAAACCCAACAUAUGCCACAGUGCCAUUGCAUAGUGGUCUCGAGCAAAUUAGCGAAAGGAUUGGGAAAAAAGUUGAGCUUUGCUGCGAAACCGGUCAUUGAACAGUCUCGUUUAUUCAGCAAUUUAAAAGAUAAAGUAUAAGUCCCUACAUAUAUAACAGCGAAAUUAGAUAUAGGGAAAAUUAUCAAAAACAGUUUUCAGAAAAUUAAAGGCAUCUAUAUAUCCAGAUUCAAAAACUAUCAAUUAGUUUUAUAUAUAAUAAUCUCUUUAUAAAACAAACAUGUAUAUGAAAAAACUUUUUGAAAUAUAUGUACAUUCAUAUAUAAGGUAUUUUUCCAGUUAUAUUUAACAGGGAACACGUCUUUAUUGCUGUAUUUAUUUAAUACUUAUAAUUCUGUUAAUUUUUCAUUGAGUAAAAUGUUUUUGAUGCUUUAACUGAUGAAAUAGUUCUGAUGUUGUGUUUUUUUAGUGAGUGCGUGAAUUUAUGUUUUUUAUUUGUAAUUUUUACUUCAUAAGCUGUUCUUUGUAACAUAUAAUAAAUAGCCAACCAGUCAUAUUGUAAAUUAUGAUGACACAUGCUGCACAAGUAAAAGCACACUCGUGAUUAAGAUCUGUUUGAUAUCUCGAACUUUUCUCACAAUUACAAAUGGAUAUCUUAACCACUUCUGAUAAUUUUAUAUAAAGAUUAAUGCAGAACUGAUGUUACAAAAUGCUUGAACGACAGUGGCAAUUUGCAAGCAUAGCACAUUGACCAUUUCGGUAUGCGCUUAUCUCUUUUCAUCAUGCAGCUAGUUAAAAGUUUAUCUAUACUAGGCAUAGGAGUUUCCGAACAUGAGUCUUUAUUAAAAAGCCAACUAAUUGCAGUGGUAUUUUUUUAUUUGGAUCAAGUUUGCAAAUGAGUAUUUCAUGGCAUUCAUGUAAUAUAUGUUUUGUUAAGGAUAUAAUUAAUUGUUGUAAGUAAAUUAUUUGCAAAACUGUACAUUUUGUAAUCAUUGUAUAGGACUAAACAAAAAUAUCUGUUGUUUUU